CCAAUCUAAAGGAAAGUUUUAAGAAACGAAGCGUAAGCUUGGAGUCCAAAAACGCAAUAAAAGUGGGGUUCGGUUUGAGAAAGACCGAUAGUAACUCAGCCAUGGCUGCUUCAGAUCCCGAAAAGCUGAUCAGCAAAGCCGAUAAACUAACAAAACUCAGUAUGACAAGGUGGAGUGCGGAUUGGAAGAGUGCCACUGCUUUGUAUGAGCAGGCUGCCAUUGGAUUUAGGCUUGCUAAAAAGUAUGACAAAGCGAAAGAAGCCUUUGAGAAAGCUUCGAAAGGGCAAGAGAUGCUUUCUUCGCCUUGGGAUGCUGCUAAGCAUAUGGAGUCUGCUGCUGCCAUGGCAAAGGAAUUAGACAACUGGGCUCAAGUUGCUGACUUUUACAGAAGGGCAUCUGAGUUAUACAACGAAUGUGGACGAUCACAACCUGCAUCCGAUGCUCUCGCCAAAGGUGCUCGUGUUCUGGUAGAUGCUGCACCUGAUGAAGCUAUUCAGCUGUACACUGAUGCUUGUGCUAUGCUUGAGGAGGAUGGCAAGGAACAAAUGGCCUUUGAUCUAUAUCGUGAUGCUACAAGUGUUUAUAUAAAGCUUGAAAAGUAUACCGAUGCUGCAACUUACCUAUUGAGAUGGGGAGUAGCAGCUGAUAAGUGCAAUGCUAAGCAUAGCCAGUGCAAGGCAUAUCUUAGUGCAAUCAUUGUGUACCUUUAUGCUCAUGACUUCAAGCAAGCAGAGAAGUGCUAUAACGACUGUUGUCAGGUUGAUGCUUUUUUGAGUAGUGAUCAGAAUCGCUGUGCCAGUAAACUUCUUUCUGCCUAUACAGAAGGUGAUGUCGAAGAAAUCAAACGUGUGGCUCAGUCAAACAUUAUAUCAAAUCUUGACCACAUGAUCAUCAGGCUUGCAAGGAAGCUCCCUAUGGGUGAUGUGAGUGCACUAAAGAACGAUGCAGCUGACGAACAAGAAGCAUUGGACGAAGAUGACCUCACCUAAUUUAUCCUAUUCAGCUCGACAUGAUUGACAGACUUUGUUUUACAUGUGUGUGGGUUAUUCCUGUGCUUUUAUGUGCUAAAUAUGAACACAAAACACAAAGGUGCAGUAUGAUAUAUACGGAGUGCAAUUGUUUAAUGUUACUGAAUGUAACAUACAAGUCUUGAAUAGGGAAUUCUUUUUUUUUUUUUUUUUU